AUGCGCCUUCGGCCCAUCUUUGCCGAAGCCACUAAACUGUGGCCCCAGUACGCUUACACAACUGGCAGAAGCAUCGACCAUGCGAUCAUACGUGCCUUGCAUCACUGCUCCCAGGUCCAACAAAUCCUGGCGUCGCAACGUCUUACACUACGAGAACGUCGUCACACUGGCCGGAAGCCCACCUCUUGUCAAGGGGGAGUAACGCUCUCUAUUGAUACGAGCAAAGCGUUUGACACUGUCAACAGACAGGUUCUCGAGCAAGAGCUGCGGGCGGCCCGUGUACCGGAGCCGGAGCUGGCAGUUAUCCUCAAUCUCCACCACUGCAUUGGCUACUGGCCUGCAGGCCAGGACCCCACAACUCGCGUGGCGAGUGAAAGGGGUGUGCGGCAGGGAUGCCCCCUAGCACCGAGCUUAUGGACUCUCAUCACCAUCGCACUGUUUCGUGCGCUGGCAGGUGUUACCUCCGUCACAUGGCUGCAAGAGGACACCACGAUGUUCGCGGACGAUCUACUACUCCAGUGGAUCGUCCACCGAGUUCAGGCUUUGGAGAAUAUGGUGGACCUCAUAGCCCACACCUUUCGGAUCCUCGCUCAGCUUGGCCUUCAGGUUCAGCAUCGGAAAACACAACUCAUUGUGGCAUAUAAAGGCAGGCAGGCCACACAAUGGUGGCGCGCCCACACGGCCACCACUGCGGAGGGCCGCUUCCUGCUUAUACCCCAACCUGGCAGCAAGGCACUCCGCCUGCCCAUUGUGACUAAGCUGACGUACCUAGGCAUUAUCCUCUCCUAUGUAGAUGCCACCACUGCCACUGUUGACCACCGUCUGCAGGUAGCCGAAGCGCAGCGUGCUCGCCUUCUCAAGGUCCUCCACUCCCGGACACUGCCCACGACUAAGAGAGUCCAGCUCUGGCAAGCUUGUGUUCGGAGCUCUGCUCUGUAUGGUCUACACCUAGUCGACUUACAGCAAAGGCAUGUAGUCCGGAUCACAGUCACCUUGGUUAGGCAUCUGAGAGCCAUCGCACGCAGCUUUGCACACAUGACUCAGGAAUCUAGCAGAGCGCUGCUCGAGCGUCUGAACGUAGAGGACCCCUUACUUUCCUUGCUGCAAAGGGGCCAAAAACUUCUUGUCAAGACUCGUGAGUCUAGCGAUCCCAUGGUUGCCAGGCCUCGGAUCAUGCGCUGGUUGGCUCAUAUUACUGAAUCCAAACUGGCGCUGACCUCGCACCUGGACCGGACCGUAGCGGAGCCCUUGGUUAUUCACCCGUCACCUCAAGAUGCCGACCUCCAGUCUGAGGCAAUCGCAGCUGCUUCUCCCACGCUCCUGCCCGGCCCCCUGAAAGGGAUAGACGCUGCAGAGGUGCGCAAGCACAGCAUCGAUGGGAUACAGUCUCUGCAUCACGUAGCCACACUGACCCGGUUCGUGAGCCCUCUCAUCCCUCUUCAGUUCCCACACCUACCACCGCUGACCCUCCCCAAGAGUGACUACGACAGCCACGGCCCCGACCCCGGGACUGGCUACGAUUCGCUCGACAGCCCAAAGCUCAGGAGCUUCUGCGGCAAUUCUGCACUACGUGCGGACAGAGGCAAAGGCCCUCCGCCGAAUCGGAGCAGCGGAACGCGCCAACAGCAGCAACCGUUGACGGGACGCGGCCGCCAUGCGGCCCCCUUUCAGGGGAGCCGGGGCAGCGACGUCCCAGACAAUCGCAAUGGACCCUCCAAGAUGCCUUCGGGAGAUCAUGCUCUGCUGCAUCGAGUCGCAAAGGCCCUCAUCGUCCAAGCAGACUAUCUGUCACGCCUUCAGAGCGAUCACACUGUCAUCUUCACAUUUCGAACAGGCAACGGCCCACAGCUGAUGGUGCCGCUUCUCCAGGAGGUGGCGACAACUUGGCGCGAACAACGACAACAGAACAAGGUGACCCGCUCCUUGAAGCAAACUCUCAUCCAAUAUCUUGCAGCCGAACUGGUGACCAGGAUCAAUGCCUUCGCAACCGACACCGAAUCCCAGAAGAGGGCCCAGGAACUAGGAUGGAUCACGUCGGAGGGGGAGUUCAACUUCUUGGACUGGGACUUCGAGGACAAGAAGCUCGUCCCCCGGCAGGAGGUGACGCUUACUCACGAUCAAAUCCUCACCGAUGCCAAGAGACUCAAAGCCCUGCUGAAGAAUCCAGACCUAGUCUUGAAGUUCAGCGGAGGCCGCAACGCCAAGCCCGACUCGACAUCCGAGACAGCGACAUUUGUGUUGGAGCUGUCCAUGCAGCAACCAGAAGCAUCGGAGGCGAUGGCGAUCUUCCGGAAAUGGUAUGCCAACUCAGCGCUCCUGCUCCUCUCUCUCCGGCUCAAACCGGCCCGCCCAGAGCGGUCGCCGUUGAUCAAGGAGAUCCAGGAGGCCGUGGGAUGGUAG